GCUCAGCUGCUAUGGCGAACGUCGGCCUCAGCUUCGCAGCCAUGGGAAACUUGGUCUGGCAGCGGCACGGCGGCGCAGCACAGCACAAGACGGGCGAAACGCAAACCAAGUAGUGUUGUGUGAGUCUCUCUCGGAAGCACUACGCGGUCCACGGUCGCCUCCGCCUGUUGUCUCUGCAGUCGCCCGUGUGUGUUCCCAUGCCUUCUGACAAUCCCCGAGUGUUGACGUUAUUGAACUAAUUGAAAAUAAACGCGCGAGACCGACCGUCCAUUAAUUUACGUGCAGCAAUUGUGACUUUUCCUUCGCCGGCGCGCGGAAGCCGCGUAUAUUGAUGCUGUUUGAGCGACCAGCGCGCGAACUGUGUUUCGGUCGCAAACAAUGACAACCGAUAAUGACACCAAUUUUGGUCCUGUAGUUACAACGCCAUCAUCGUUUGGAAUGGUCUUUCCACACGAUAAAGAUAUGCCAGCGCUUAACUGUGAUGAUCUAUUCCCGAAUCCACCAAGACAAAUUGAUGAAGUCAGCCAGGAUAUACCUGACAUCGUAACUGCCGAUAUCAUUGAUUUAAACUUCACCAACGGAAGCUUAUUACAAGACAAAACAGACAGCUCGAACGAUACUCAACUCCCUAUCAACAAAGAUAACGACGGAAUCUGCCAUUACGAUUUACCAGACAUCCCAAAAGAAGCUGAGAAACCAGAAGCAGUAGAGAUUGAAAAGGAAGCAAAUUAUUACCUCACAGAAGAAAAAGACAGCAACGAAAACUCAUCGCCUGUAACUGCGGAGGUUCAAAACAACGAGGAACCUUGCACGGACGGUGCUCAAACUCCCAGUCGACUGCAAUUACCUUUACCAGUCGUGUCCCCAGCACUUAGUAUAUCUUCUUACUACUCUUCAGCUGAAAGUGUAUCGUCAGCCACAUCCACAAGCAAAAAGAAGAAACGUAAACGUCAUUGUGUAACCUGCGAUCUCCACUUUCCACAUAAAGCUGAUCUUCUCGAACAUCUCAAAGUACAUAUCAGCCAGCCAUCAAUACAAGUUCAAGCUCUCCCUGACGACGAUUCGCUCUUGCAAGAAUUUCGUGAAAGACAAAAAACUAUGGAAACUAUUGACACUGAAGAUGAGGAGCAAUAUACUGUCGUUCCAGAGGCAAAAGGUGAUGCCCCUUCUCAAAUUGAGUCUGGUAGUCUAAAACUUAAAUUGAAACUUUCAGGUUCGCAAAACUUUCAAGUGGUACCGAUGAAUCGGUUAACUGAAAAGCGCGAACCUCCGCCAUCUAGAAAACCAACAGAACGGAUUCUUACUGCACAAGAAAUUAAAAGUAGUCCACCACUCUCAAGCGCUCCUAAUGUGAAUGGUGGACCAUUAGAUGCAAUGGUUGCGCUUGCUGAAAUGCAACGGACUAUGAAACCGCAACCUACUGAUGACAACCUCCUAGAGAACAAGUACUUCGAGUGUCCAACGUUAGACGGUCUCGACCAAUUUGCUGAAGAAAUUAACAACGAAGCUGCCGAAGAUUUAUUGAAAAAAUUGUUAGAAGGUGGCAGCCAGCAAAUGCCGCAAGAAAAUGAUUGGUCUUCAAACACAAAUGAAUUCAUCUCCAUUGAUCGAUUGGCAAAUAUGUGUACUGUAUGCAACGCGAAUUUCCCUGAUGCACUUCGUCUUCACGAACAUAAGCGAAUAACAGGGCAUAAUUUCCAACAUCCAAUGCAUCCGCCUCCUUUGCCACCACACAUUUCUAAUAUGGAUAUGGCCAAUCCCUAUCGCAUGAGGCCACCUUUCCAACCUCACCUCGCGCCAUCAAUACCGAAUGCUCCUAGAAUGCAGCAAGGAUGUGGUCCUCCCAUGAAUAUGCGUCCGACUUUCCAAGGUUAUCCCCCACCGCAACAACAACAAAGGUUUCUCCCCGCACCUCCGUUUGGCCAAGUACCGCCAGCAAGACGCCCCCCUCCUUUGUAUCGGGUGCCUACACCGCAAAAUGCUCGCCCUAUUAAUAUGGCACCGUUUGCAGAAAUGAAUCCGGAAAUGUAUAUACCAAGCAGCAAUGGGAAUAUGAUGAACGGACACUUCCAGCCAAACCAACCUCACAUGGAAAGGCCACCAGUUUUUCUCAAAGCUAGACUUCAAAGGCCUAUCCAACGUCCGAAAACACCUGGAAUGCACGAAAGAAGCCCCAGUGCAACACCCUCUCCUCCUGUUGGGCUCUCACAACAAACCGUUGUACGACCGAAAUUUCUGGGACCGAUGUCAAACCAGAUUCCAAGGCCGCCUCUAAAGAAGAUAAAAACGGAACCAGGUACAGAUGACUGUGAAAUCGUUUCAACACAGCCUCGUGCCGACGGCCUGCCUGUCAUCCAAAGCGUUCAAGGUGGGGCUUCUGUGACACAACCUUUCAAUAAUGAUAACUCCAAAGACCCAAUUCUGUUGAAUGAUCAAAUAACUUUAAGUCUUAAAAAUAAGGAGCAAAAUAAGAAUCCCAAGGAAGUCGCAAACAUAUUGGCUAAUCGAGGCAUCAUAGUCACGCAUAAGCCAAAACCUCAUUCCGCUGCCCCUUCGCGUGAAACCUCACCCAAAACUGUCACACAAGAAGCCGUUCAAAAGCUUCAGCUUAAUAAUUCUGUUAGCAUAAUAUCAAAGAAACGGCAGCAUGAAGCCGCAAUGGAGGAUCUACAGAGACAGCGUACAGAGGAAGUACCCUUCAUAUCCUGUCCGGUAGCCGAUUGCGGUGAACAAUUCCUAACACAAGAAAGCCUUAAUCGGCAUACACAGCGUGGUCAUAAAUUGGUUAAAAUGGGCAUGAAAGCGUUCAAAUGUAAACUAUGUCCUGCGAUGUUCUCUACUCAGGAAGGCCUGGUAGAUCAUCAACGGAAGAACCAUCGAAUUCUCAAAACCAGCGCCGACGAGCUUGGAAUCCCCAUUAUCGACCUGCGAAAUGAUGAGACCAAGAGAAAAUUAGCUCAACUAGGAAUUGUCAACUACAUCCCGCUAAAUCCGAAAUCCACGAAUGGUUGCUUCGGAUUUCCUAUCGUAUCUGUGCAAGGCGCUGGUAAUCCGAAUAUCUGUAAUAUGAUGGGCAUGGGAGUUAAUUCCUUGCUGUCCCUCGGCCCCAUUAAACAAAUCCCUAUGAGGAAAAUGGAUUAAUCACACGGAUCGUGUUAGUUUUAGAACAAUGUUUUAGCUAAGCAGAAGCAGAAAUAUGGUUAAUUGUAUGGAAUAUAAUUGUAUAUAGAAUGUAAAUACCAUUAACGUAGCGAAAAUUAGAUAUCAUUAAGUUAUUAUGCAUACACUUUAUUCUAAGGCUUCCAUUUCAUUAGCAAAAUAAAACAAUAAUUUUAAGUUCUUUACCAAUUUGGCAAUAAAUGUACGAUUUUGUAAUGUAAA